CGGGGCUUGUUCGGCUGAAGUUCCCUGAGUGAGACUGAACAAUGGGCCUCCUGCAGCUGCUGAAGUCCCAGUUCCUUUGCCACCUGCUCAUUUUCUACGUGCUCCUGGCGUCGGGCCUCAUCGUCAACCUGUUGCAGAUCUGCACUCUGCCUCUGUGGCGGGUCAGCAAGCAGCUGGCCCGCAGGAUCAACAUCAGACUGAGCUACUGCAUCAGCAGCCAGUUGGUAGCUGUCCUGGAGUGGUGGUCUGGGACACAAUGUACGCUCUACACGGAUCCAGAGAGCUACCCACUGUAUGGGAAAGAGAACGCCAUCGUGGUUCUGAAUCACAGUUUUGAGAUCGACUUCCUGUGCGGCUGGACCUUCUGUGAAAGAUUCGGAGUCCUCGGGAGUUCAAAGGUGUUGGCCAAGAAGGAGCUGGCUUAUGUUCCAGUGAUUGGUUGGAUGUGGUACUUCAUGGAGAUCGUUUUCUGUAAGAGGAAAUGGGAGGAGGACAGAAGGACGGUGGCGCAGAGUCUUCAGAACCUGUGGGAUUAUCCAGAAAAGUUCUGGUUCUUGCUUUUCUGCGAAGGCACGCGAUUCACGCCAAAGAAGCACCAGAUCAGCAUGCAGGUGGCUGAGAGCAAAGGUCUGCCCAAGCUGAAGCAUCAUCUCCUGCCCAGGACCAAGGGAUUCUGGGUAACCGUCCAAAACCUCAGGGGAACAGCCGUGGCUGUUUACGAUUCCACACUGAACUUCAGAAACAACGAGAAGCCGACCGUGCUUGGAAUUCUCAACGGGAAGAAAUAUCAUGCAGAUUUAUAUGUGAGGAGAAUCCCUCUGGAGCAGAUCCCCGAAGAUGAGGCCGAGUGCGCCGCCUGGCUCCACAAGCUCUACCAGGAAAAGGACAGCUUUCAGGAGCAUUACACACAGACGGGACGUUUCCCCGGGCCGAUAACAAGCCCCCCAUCCCGACCGUGGUCCUUGAUCAACUGGCUGAUCUGGUCCUGCCUGCUCCUCUACCCUCUUGGCCUGCUGCUCGCUCAACUCAUCAGCUCUGGAUCAAUGUUUACCCUCUUUGGUGCUGUGGCUCUCUGCGCUGCAGCUUCACUGGGAGUUCGCUGGAUGAUCGGCCAGACUGAGACCGACAAAGGCUCCAGCUACGGGAUCAAGGAGGUUCCUCUGAACAACAACUGAGUCGACUCCGAGAAUCUUAAAAACACCGGCCUGACGGCAGCUUACUGCUCCAACAAGUACAAACUUGCUUCAAAGCACAAAACAAACAGGGUUGUCUUGUUUUUAUGCUCAUGACCUCAACUUUGAGGAUCAUGAUAAUGGACUGAGUUGAGCAGCUUCCUUUAGGUUCCUUAUCAUAAAAAU